CGGCUUGUACACUGCCUGAUCCGGUGGAUGGACUGUCGCACGGACGCCGAGCGGCUACUGGACGAGCUGGUCAACUCACUCUACAGACUCAACCUGGGAUACGUCGCAAACGGUGUAGAGGCCCUGAGAGUGACCAUGCCACAGGAGGGCGAGUCUGAGACGUCAGAACUGACCGCUGCCGACAUCCCUGUGGUCAAAACCACCGUCCACACCAAGGUGCCCGGGUCAGAGGUCGCAGACAGCGUCAUGACAGAAGAAGACGUGAGUUUGGACAAGAGUGAGAUCACAGACGGACGUUCUAAUGGCAGAAGAAGUGGCGUUCGGAGUGAGAACAGUUCGGGUCAUCAGAGUCGGACAGCUUCGGCAGACACCGGCGUCCACCUCGGCUCCACUCGGUCGGCGUCGGCAGAACCCGAAGUCUACUUCGGUCCCACUCGGUCCCGGACGCUGCACCCUGUAAAAGGCGGGGCUUCGGGCUUUAGGAAAGGUUUUGAGAAAAGACAAGUCCAGACGCCGGACUCAGGAGUGGCUUUGUCUGUGGAUGUUAACUGACUUUCUCUAUAUAUACAUAUUUAUGUGUAUUUUGUAUGUGGGUAUUUUACUACAAUGUCAUGAGGUUGAUAGAGCAUAGCCUCUUCCAGGCUUCGGGAGGUGCCUGGAAAGAGUAGAAAUCGGGCAAAUAGAGAGAUAGCAUGCCGAACUGUUCUCUUCAGCAGACCUAGGCAUCAAUAAAGAUUGGUCAGAAGUGCCAAGAAGUCUAUAACGCCCUCCGCCCCCAAAGUUUCUGCUCAGUGAAGAUUGGCGAGUUAAGAAUUAACUA